AUGGCCAGCCUCCUCGAUGGCAAUGGCAGUGAUCCUCCUGCGACGCCCUCAGCAGCGGGAAACGGCGCGAAUCCUUUCGUCUGUAAUGUUUGCCAGAAGACGUAUGGUCGCAUCGACCACCUGGCGCGACAUUUCCGGAGCCAUACCACUGAGAAGCCGUUCAAGUGCCUGGAAUGUGGCAAGACAUUCGCGAGAGCGUGCGGGGACCUUCUGAAGCGGCAUGCGACUCUUCAUACAAGCACCGAGACCUCAGGCAAGAAGCGGAAGAUUCGAGCGUCACAAGCUUGCACGCAGUGUGCCACUAUCAAACGAUGCAAGACCAAAGGCCUCGAGUGUCGCGUGGACUCUGGCUCGGGACAUGCGGUCGCUCAAGCCGAAGAUCACGUCUCUCCCACGGGGUCCUAUGGAGCGCACUCAGAUUCUCGCUCGUACCUGGCCGAUAGCAGACAGAGUGCAGGCUACGUACCGACGCCGCCUAGAUCUCACGGCGUGACACCCAUGCAGCAACCAUCAGUGCCAAGCGUUGGCCAACCCGAGCAGAUGCUGGAGGACCCUUCACUGACAGAUUUCUUGCACAAUGUGCUUCACCCUGGACAGUCUGCACACACGCCGAACCAUCCUCAUCCUCGGACGGAGACGACAUGGAACGGGAAUUCCGUGCCCCGCGAUCUGAUGGACUUCAGUCAGGACCUGAGCAUGGACUUCAACGAUCUGGAUACCGUGCUUGCUGGGAGCUGGGACGGCUGGCUGGACCCGGCGCUCAUGCCGUCAAACAUGGACAAGCCCACCACCACUUCAGAUAUGAGCACACCUUCUAUCGAUGAUAGUAUAAACCUCGGAUCACAAGCGUACAGUCGAUCGGCCUGGAAGUGGGUACCGAACAAGGAACGGGGCGACAACGAUAAUGCUUUGACUUCUGUUCUUGUGGACGGCCACCGGAAUCGAACAGCGCCACGCCCUCAACAACCAGCUCUUACACAGCCUCUGCAUCGUUCAGAUAGGGACAGGAUAGUGGCGCUGCUACUCUCAGGAGUUUUGGACAUCUUCCUAGACGACUCGCUCUUGACGAUGGAGCACAGCAUCGACAGUUGGAUCCAUGUUCCAACUUUCCAGCCCGCACACGUCAUACCGGAGCUACUCACCCUGGUGAUCGCCCAAGGUGCUGUGCUUAGCACGUCGAGUCACGCCCAGAAGUUCGGAUACGCCCUUCAAGAGAAGGGACGCCUGUCCUUGCCUGACAUGUUUGAGCGGGAUCACAGCAUGACGCGCAGUCUCCAAGCACUCCAAGCCUAUGCAACCUGUCUCCACGUAGGCACAUGGAGCGGCAACAAGCGCACUAUGGAACUAGCAGAGUGUGCCGCGAUGCCUCCUGUAACCAUGAUUCGCCGUUCUGGCGGCUUUCGUAGAUCUCGAGGGACUGCGUCGGGCCCUUCUCGAGAAGAUACUGGUGCAGCCCUGCAGCAGAAGUGGCGCAAUUGGAUCGAAGCCGAGUCUUUCAAACGUCUGGCAUAUCACGUCUUUCUGUACAGCGUGCAGGUUUCGAGUGGCUUCCAGACACCACCGCUAUCAUCAUACGCCGAAAUCAGGCUGGAGCUUCCAGCACCUCAAGCACUCUGGCGGGCGCGGACGGCGGAGGAAUGGCGCGAUCAGUACUUCGCUCAUGGUCUGGGAGCACCACUACCGACUUUUGUCUCAAGAAUGUCCGGUCCGCAAACUAUGGGCAGCGCGCGUGGCAAGAUCGACCUCGAGCUCUCGCUUUACCUCGUCCUAAUGACUCCGCCAACAAAGGCGCAGACUUCAGGGCAGAUGCAAUGGGCUGGCACAAUGUUGGCAUCUUCCAAGCGUGAGGAGCUACGGCGUCUACUAGACUCGUUCUACGUCGUGAUCGAGCAGUGGAACGUCUUCGUGCCAAAGGAAGUCCACAUGUUCUCGCAGCUUUUACGCAUGAACUUAUGCGUUGCGUUCGAAGAUCUGCAAUUGCUCGCAGGCAAGGAAGGCGAGGAUGAGGCGCGGAGAGUGUAUCCUUCGCUAAAGCAGUGGUAUCGAUCUCCGGAGUGUCGAGAGGCGAUGUGGCAUGCGGGUCAGGUGGUGCGAGCUGCACGUCGGCCCGCUGGACGAAGCCCAAACGCAGCUCACUCGCCUACGCCAGACGUACCUUGGCUGCGCGACUUCAACGCUGUGGCGCCGUAUCACGCCGAGCUAGCACUCUGGGCAUAUGGCCUACUAUCCAGAGCGAUCUACCUCGAGCAAAACUACAGCAGCGUGCAACACGGACAUCCCACACACCACACGCCUGUUCUCGACUACGACGGUGCACCAGUUCGAAUCGAUGGCGACGACGAAGAGCUCUCUGCGAUUGAACGACACCGUUUCAUCGCAAUGAAUAAAGGUCGAGCUGUGAUUUCGGCUAUCCCGCCAUGGUCGGAGGAGGCCAAAGCGAGAGUUCCUGGUCAUGGGCAGAGUGCUUCGUCCAUCAUUGGCGUUGUGGCUGCGCGUGGGCCUGCUCAGGAGCCUGCGCAUGGGAGACCGGAUACUGUGCCGUUGGAUGAUCCAAAGAUCGUUAUGGAAGUGGUGAUGCAUGCGCUUACGCCGUCCAGUCAGCCGCCGAUGUCGACUGCGCGGCAGAGUACACCAGUGGCCGGACCACAGAGGCCAGCAAUGGUCGAAAACCUCAUACAGCUGAUGCGUGAUCUUGGAGAGGCUGCAUCCGCUGUCUGA